AUGUCCGCUGCUGCCGCCGCCGGUAUGACGCCGCCCCUGACGGAGGAUCACCUCGAGAAGAAGCCCAUCAAGUUCUCCAACUUGUUGCUCGGCAGUGGUCUCAACCUCUUCGAGGUCACCACCCUCGGCCAGCCUCUGGAGGUCGUCAAGACCACCAUGGCUGCCAACCGAGGCGACUCAUUCGCCACGGCGCUCAGUCGCAUCUGGAGUCGUGGUGGUGUCUUUGGAUCUGACGUCUCGCAUACAGUCUACCAAGGACUUGUCCCCUGGGCCUGGAUUGAGGCCUCGACCAAAGGUGCCGUGCUGCUCUUCGUCGCCUCCGAAGCCGAAUACUACGCUCGAAAGGCCGGCGCGUCGGAGUUCGGAGGUGGUAUCCUCGGUGGUGUCACUGGUGGUGUUGCUCAGGCCUACGCCACCAUGGGCUUCUGCACAUGCAUGAAGACGGUCGAGAUCACCCAGCACAAGCUGGCCGCCGCCGGUGUGAAGCCCCCGAGCACCUUUGCGACCUUCAUGGACAUCUACCGCAAGGAGGGCAUCCGGGGCAUCAACCGCGGCGUCAACGCCGUGGCCAUCCGCCAGAUGACCAACUGGGGCUCCCGAUUCGGCCUGUCUCGUCUCGCCGAGCAGGGUAUCCGCCGCGCUACCGGCAAGGAGCACGGGGAGAAGCUGGGCGUCACCGAGAAGAUCCUCUCGUCCGCCAUCGGUGGUGGUCUGUCCGCCUGGAACCAGCCCAUCGAGGUCAUCCGCGUCGAGAUGCAGAGCAAAAAGGAGGACCCCAACCGCCCGAAGAACAUGACGGUCGGCAACACUUUCAGAUACAUCUACCAGAACAACGGUCUGAAGGGUUUAUACCGUGGCGUUGCACCGCGUAUUGGACUUGGCGUUUGGCAGACGGUUUGCAUGGUGGCCAUGGGCGAUAUGGCCAAGGCGUACGUCGAGAAAUUGACCGGCGAGAAGGUCACUGCGAAGCAUUAG